GGAAGAUGUCCUAAAUACAAAUAUUGCUAAGCAAUCAGGGUUUUAUUCCAGUACACCUGAAGUGUUCACAGCUUAAAAUAACAAUUUUAAUUGAAAUCGAUAUGGCAAAAAGUAUACUUCCCUCUUUUCAACCGGUGACACAUGAGACUGGACCCAAAAAUAACCUGAAGAAAUGAACCUGAUGGUACUGAAUGACUUCUUUUCAUAGUGAUUUGGCUUCUGUAUUUAGAAGAAGUUCCGUUGGAUUCUGCUCUUCGUAAUAGUACUGCUUGUAUUCUGGUAUAAUUAUAUGACCAAACUUGCUGGUAGUGGUGGUGAUGUGAAAUCCAGCCUGAGUCUUCCUGGGUAUGUCCGGAUAACCCCGGGAAAAAUGGACCAGUUCCUGGACAUCCACAAUAAACAGUGUGCUUUAGUGUCCAGCUCAGGUCAGAUGCUGAAUGCUGGCUUGGGGAAAGAAAUUGAUAAGGCGGAUUUUGUGAUCCGCAUGAACAAUGCCCCCACUCAGGGAUUCGAGCGUGACGUUGGAAACAAGACCAGCCUUCGUGUGGUGUCACACACUACCGUGCCAUGGCUGCUGAAGAAUGAGAUCCACUACUUUCAGCAGUCAGCAAGCACCAUAUAUGUCAUAUGGGGGCCGGAGAAUAAAAUGCGCCAAGAUGGCAAGGGCCCCAUUUUCAAUGCUCUCAUGAAGGUGGCCAAGAAGUACCCCAAUGUUAAACUCUAUGCAGUGACCAGGAAGAAGAUUCAGGACUGUGACAAUAUUUUUCAGAAUGAAACUGGAAAAAACAGAAUGCAGUCUGGGGCCUUCCUAAGUACUGGGUUUUUUACCAUGAUUCUGGCAAUGGACAUAUGUGACAACAUUCAAGUUUAUGGAAUGAUCAAUGACAGCUACUGUGGGCAGGUGAAGCACAAAAGAGUGCCAUACCACUACUAUGAGAAAAGCUGGAUCGAUGAGUGUCGGAUGUAUAACGCUCAUGAAAAGGCCCGUCACGGUGGUCACCGCUUCAUCACUGAGAAAGCCAUCUAUGCUAGGUGGGCCUCACAAAAGCAUGUCUACUUCAAAAAUCCCUCCUGGGCACUGUAAUAUAAUGUUUACUGAAUGUAUUUUUGUUUUUUUCUUGUUUAAUACAUUGCUUUAUGCACUCUUUGAGAACAAAACUGUCACCUUCAAACUACAAGAUUUGAAUAAUGGAAUUUUUGUGCAAUAUUUACCCCAGUUUUAAGCCCUGUGGUGACUUAGCGGAUAGCACUAAUCUUAGAGCUCCAGCAUGGCAGGACUGAACCCAAGCUCAGCUCUUUCCUUUUGCAUGUUUUCUGUUUGUUUGCAUGGGUUUUCCCAGGGUGCUCUAUCUUCUACCAGCUUUCCAGAGACAGUGUUUUAUGCAAAUUGGAGUUUUAAAAUGGCCUUCAGUAUGCAAAUAUGUGUGGGUGUGUGCCCUGUGAUGGAGUGGACACCUGUCUCAGUGUGCCCCACCUUCCAUCCUGUACUUCUUGGAUUUGGUUUAGGUUUGGUCUAUUUUUGGGGGAUGCAGGCUGUCAAAUAGCUCAUAACUCUGUUAUGGUUUCUCUUAAUGCGUUAGACUUUUAUAGUAAGCACUUGAUCAACAAGUGUCAAGUUGUUAAACAGAAUUCCAGGCAGGUCCCCUUUGCAUAAAAGAGGUCUCAGAUAUAAGGGCUCCAUGUUAGUAAGUGCUGCUUUUGCCACUGUCACUCCAAGUAGAUCACUGAAGUGAGAACACCUAGGCUAAAGGAUUGUGUGAAUAGACAUGGCUGCAAGAAGUUGUCAACUGUUUUUUUAAAUAACCUCCGCCAUUUAUAUUUAUUCAUU